GUCAUUCCCUUUAACCGCACGGAAAAGCCGUCAGACUUUCAGAACGACUCCUCUUCCGACUCGCCGAAAGAAGGAAAGCUCGAGGAAGGCGACCGUCGACUGGGCCAAACUCGCCUUUGCUUUUUCAGGACAGGUUGAGAAAACAUGUCGCCCGUUUUGGGGCUUUUGGGCGUCCUGCUGCUUCAAAGCGGAGCUCGGGGAUUUGGAAUUCUGCCCGGAGAUUCAAAGAGUCACCAGGAGAUCACGGAGGAAGCCAUUUUGAACGUCACCGUUCAAGUGUGCCGCGCGCUGGCCGAAGCCGAGGGGAACGACUUCGACCUUCCCUCGCAGCCAUUCACCGCCUCGGGCGUGGCCGCCGCCUGCCGGGCCCAAGGCUCCGUCAAGAGCUUCCAGCGAGCCAUCAGCUCCAUCACGUUGCGCAACGUGCGCGUGGACCUGUUGGAAGCGCUCGACCCCCGCUUCCACUUCGACGACGAGACCUUCGUCGGCGGUCGAGACAUCAUCACCACAGGCCUGCAGAUGGUCAAGGCCGAAAACAAGCAGCAGAACUUUGAAGCGGCUCAGGACAGCCUGGGCGAGACCCUCCACACGCUGCAGGAUUUUUACAGCCACAGCAACUGGGCGGAGAACGGCAACACGCUUCCAAAUUCCAACCUGAUCAGAGCCAACACCAGCAUCGGCAACCUAGCGGAUGAGAGCAGGGCAACCUGUCGCAGCUGCGACGGCGAUGACUGCAGCAACAACAUCCUGGAGGACAUCGCCCGGGAUCAGAUCCUGACCACGGGAUAUUUCGCAAUCAUUCCCGGGACCAGCAAGCCCAGCGGCAAGUGCAGUCACGGAGGAGCCUUGGACCUGACCAGCAGAAUUGAGCCGACCGGCGGGAUCAACAAGGACACCUUUGACUCCGAGCACGGCUUCCUGCACUCCGAGGCGGCCGCUCUGGCCACCAUGGCGACCAGCGAGAUCCUGGAGAAUGUUCGACAGGCGGCGGGAAAUCAACCCUUCCUCCAGAUGUUGGGCAUCUCCAGAGGAUCCGGGAAAGCUCUGUGUUUCGUGAUCGACACCACGCAGAGCAUGGGCGACGAUAUCGCCGCCGUGCAGAGCGCGGCGGCCUCCCUCAUCGACGGCCAAGUGGGAACCGACGACGAGCCCUCGGCCUACAUUCUGGUGCCCUUCAACGAUCCCGCGUUCGGGCCGCCGAUUAGGACGAGCGACCCGGAAGCCUUCAAGAACAUCCUCGACGAUCUGACGGCGAGCGGCGGAGGAGACGACGAGGAGCCCGCUCUCUCGGGCCUUCAGUUGGCGUUGAGCAACGCUCCCCAAAGCUCGGACAUCUUCCUCUUCACAGAUGCGCCGGCCAAAGACCCACAGCUCAAGUCCACCGUCAUCGCCCUCAUUGAGCGGACUCAGUCGGCGGUGUACUUCCUGAUCACGCAAACGGCGGCCAACAGUCGGCGCCGGAGGCAGCUGAGCCGCCCUCAAGCGUCCGGCAGGAUCGCCGAGUCGGACGCUCGGCUGUACAAGGAGCUGGCCGAGGCCGCCGGAGGUCUGGUGGUGCAAUUGAGGCAGGACGAACUCCAGGAGGCCACCGGAAUCGUCGGGCAAAUGUCCAGCGCCUCUCUGGUGACGCUGCUGCGGGCGUCCAGGACUGCGGGACAGAACGGAGACUUUGCCUUUGCGGUUGACGAGACCGUCGGCGAUCUGCGACUUCUCCUGACGGGGCCUUCUUCUCGCAUCACCGUCACCGACCCCCAGGGCGUGGAGCAGGUGUUCACUACCAUGUCCUUACAGCCGGUGGGAAACUUACAAACUUUGCAACUGGAUUCGCAAGUGGGAAGGUGGCAAGUCACGGUGGAGUCGGCAAACGCGUUCACGCUGAAGGCCGUCGGUCGGAGUCCCGUCGACUUCCUGUUUGACUUUGUGGAGUACGUACCCUCCCGAAACACAUUCGACGUCCUCGACACGCGUCCUUCGGCCGGUACCAACGGGAGCCUGCUGGUGACGCUGACCGACGCCGAGGCGGCCGACGUCACCCGGGUCACUCUGGUCGAGGUGGCGGGAUCGCCGGAGGUUCCGGGGCAAGUGGAGCCCCAGGGGCGCGGCCGCUACCUGGUGCGGGUGGAAAGCGUGCCGUCCGCGCCCUUUGUGGUGCGCGUGGAGGGAAACGCGGUGAACGCCGACGGCACUUUCCAAAGGCAGUCGCCGACCAGCUUCCGGGCGUCCAACAUAACCAUCCAGGCCAAAGCGCCGCGCAACCUGGUGCCCGGGACGCCCUUGUCGGUGCCCUUCGCCGUGACGGUCAAAGGAAGCGGAGGGAACGUCUCGAUCCGGGCCACCGCCAACGACCCGCUCUACACCGUCACCGCUCCCAGCACCCUCCCGGCGGCGCCGGGAGCGAGCGCCAACGGCACGGUGACGCUGUCCGUGCCGCUCAACACGCCGUCCGGCACCACCGUCACGCUGGUGAUCGAGGCGGAGGACCCCGGAGUCGGCGACGUCAACUACGCCGUCCUCAGGAUCUCCGUCCUCAAUCCGGUGAGCGACUUCACGCCCCCCGCGUGCGAGGUGCUGUCCGCCGUCAGGUGCGUGCGCAACUCCAGCGCGGCGUCGUGGCACCUGUUGGUGAGGGUGAGCGACGGCCCCCAAGGGACGGGCGUGGAGCGGGUCAGCCUCGCCCGAGGCAACGGAACGCUGCACCUCAGACCGGCGCCCGACGACCAGAACGUCACCUUGGCGACCUACGACGCCUUGUGCAAGUGGCCCGAGGUGGAGCUGCAGGUGGUGGACAACGUGGGCAACAGCGACACCUGCUCCUUCGACGCCUUCACCGCCACCAGCGGCGGCGCCGGCGGCCACGCGGCCUUUUUCCUCACCGGCGCGCCCCUCGGCUGGGCCGCGCUGGCCCUGGCGCUCCGAGUCCUGCAGAGUUUGAGCGUGCGCUAAAGUCCCUGGGGAGGGUGGGGGGGGGCGCUCCGCAGUUGCGGCCGCGGCUUUCGUAGCGCGAAGGUGUGUCCGUUCCUUGAAAUUUUCCCCCCUCGGGGGCAGCGUCCAAUCAGUGUUGUGUGUGUGUGUGUGUGUGUGUGC